AUGGCUGGAGCCACGCGGGAUAGGCGCUUGGUCAAGGAGCUGGGCAAGAUUCACAUGGAUGGAAUGCCUCCCGGCAUCACAUUGAUAGAGCGCAACGACAGCGUUGCCGGCGACUGGUUCGUUGACAUCCAGGUGCUCGACGAAAAUCCUCUUUAUAAAGAUCAGAUCUACCGCCUCAAGUUCCACUUCCCCAAGAUGUAUCCCAUAGAACCCCCGGAAGUUACCUUCGACAAACAAACCGACCGUCCGAUCCCCAUGCACCCUCACAUAUACUCCAACGGCAUUAUCUGUCUCGAUUUGCUUGGCCAACAGGGCUGGAGUCCGGUUCAGAGCGUCUCCAGUGUCUGCAUGAGCAUCCAAAGCAUGUUGACGAGUAACGACAAGGACGAGCGACCUCCAGGCGAUGAGGACUUUGUACGAGGUAAUAGACAGCGACCUCGAGACAUAGAGUUUCUCUACCACGACAACACCGUGUAA